CGAAGGGGGCGGGGUCUCGCGGUGCAGUUGAAGGUUCAAGCUCUAUCCAACAUGGCAACCAGGUGGGGGAUCUGCAGCGCGGGGAAGAUCAGUCAUGACUUCGCUGUGGCUCUGAAAACUCUUCCAGCUGCAGACCAUCAGAUUGUGGCCGUGGCCGCUCGGAAGCUGGAGGAUGCUCAGGAGUUUGCGACUAAGCAUGGCAUCUCUCGCUCGUAUGGAAGCUACGAGGAGCUGGCCAGGGAUCCCGACGUAGAUGUGGUGUACAUCGGAGUCAUCCACCCUCACCAUCUGAAGACUUGUCUGCUCUUCACCAAUGCUAAGAAGAACAUUCUGUGUGAGAAGCCGCUGGCCAUGAACACCAAGGAGGUGAAGGAGAUCCUGGACUCUGCAAAGAGGAACAAUGUCUUCCUGAUGGAGGUAGAACCGUGAAACAGAGAAUAUAUU